AUGGCUGGCGUUCGAACACAGGGCAAUUUGUUCCAGUUCGACAGAAUGCCAUUGUUUGUCGUCUACUACAAAGUGGAUUAUUUGCUUGACCCGAAGGAUAUUUCAUUUGAUGUGAUUUUAUUUCGUUUUGUUUUAGGAUCCAAUUACUGGCGUAAUCGUGUACUGAAAGUGGCAAAAGAAUUCAAACGUAAGGCGCACUUCGCAGUCAGCAACAAAGAGGAAUUCGCUGCGGUGAGUGAGGUGGAAAUUGAUUAUGGGUUUGUUCGCAAGUUCAAGAUUGUUAAUGUGGACAAUCUGAAGAAGUUCGUCGCAGACGUGUUGGGUGGAAAGGUUGAGCCAUAUAUGAAGAGUGAGCCGAUUCCAGAGAGUCAAGGCGAUGUUAAGGUGGUUGUUGCGCGUUCAUUCAAGGAAAUGNUCAUUGAGUUCUACGCUCCAUGGUGUGGCCAUUGUAAGGCGUUGGCACCGAAAUACGACGAGCUGGGCGAGAAGUUAGCCAAGGAGGACGUGGUGAUCGCGAAAAUGGACGCGACUGCCAACGAUGUACCGCCACUCUUUGAAGUCAGAGGAUUCCCAACGCUGUACUGGCUACCAAAGAAUGCUAAAGAUAAGCCAAUCCCAUACCAAGGUGCCCGCGAAGUGGAUGACUUCAUCAAGUUCAUUGCUACACAUUCAACGGAUGGAUUGAAAGGAUACGAUAAGGAUGGUAAGAAACUCAAGAAGAAGAAGUCGGACGAGUUGUAA